GCCUAGAAGAUGGCAGAUCCAGUUCGAGGGCAGAAAGCUGUCUAUGUCGUGGAAUCGAGAGUCGACAAUGGCCCCCUGUUGAACACAGGCUCUGACAACGGCAGUGCGCCGUCUCAAGAUCCCAGGCACUCCAGAAGUGCGCGGCGGCUGUCUUCUUUAGGAGUUAUUGGAGAAGGCUUGCUAGAUUUGCUCAUCGCCAUCUGCUGCGCCUAUUUCAUUGUCUUCGCCGCUCUUGUCUAUAGUAGGCGCAACCAGCCUCUCGAUCGACCAGGAAAUCGGGACUUGCUUGAAGCGGCUAAAUAUACUCCCACCAUCUUCCCCAUCUUAUUUUCUGCAGUCGUGGCCAAAUUUCUCAGAGCCAUUGCAGCGAUCAAACUCGAGAAUGGCACCUCUGUACUCGCACUCGAAUAUCUCCUGCAGAGCCGUACCGUCUUCAGCACAUUCACAGCUCCAAUUACGUUGAAGACCAUUAACGCUCUGACCCCCUUUCUCUUCCUCCUCUGGGCACUCUCGCCUCUGGGAGGCCAAGCCGGGCUACGUGUUAUAUCUACCCAAGAAUCCUUUUCGAACUCGACCCAGAACUUUACGUAUCUCGCCUUUGUAUCGGAAUUCAGCAACGAAGGCGUCAAUUCGGCCUCGGCGGAACCGCUCAUCCCGAUUAAUGCUCUCUUCACCGCUGCUAUCAUCGGCUCGGCGAACACAAAGGCUCUGCCUCAAGACCAAUUCAGCAACGUCAAAAUACCCAUCUACGAAAGUCUAUCUCCCGAGGAUGGCUCAGAUUGGAGAUCCGUGCCGGAUUCUAGUGACGUCGAAUGGAGUUCUCUCACCGGACUGCCCAUUCAAAACCUCCCUUCAGUGGGAGUGUCGCGCUUUACAAUGAACACUGGCUAUAUGGUCACAAGCUGCAACGUAUCAGGCCACAAUUGGUCUGACGGAUACAGACAGAGUCUUGAGCAAUUUCCAGGCUGGAGUGGUGCGAACUACGCCCUCACUCCAAACAGCUUCAACACAUUUGCUGUAACUAACUUUACUUUCCGGUCCCUUGACUUAUACAGCGACACUUCGUCCGAGGGGGAAGUUCUCACCGUUGCAAACUGCACCGUAGGCAUGAGUUACGUGGAGGUGCAAAUCAAAUGCGACGGUCAAACCUGUCAAAGCGUUGCAGUCCGACCCUCCAAAAAUCCUGCCUCCCACCAACCCAACCACAGCUACAGUUCCCUCAGUGUGACCGAUUGGACACCGAUCAAUGGCCUCGGCCAAACCGAUCUCUUUUACCUGGCAUUUUUCCCAGACUUCACCAACGCCACCAACCCGACAGUGGGUUGCGAUACAUCGUUCUGUCCCCCCAGCGCCAUAGAAGCAUACUUGGCGGAUCCGGCAAAUACUCUGUUGCAGACCUCCACCACCAAGCUCUGGAAACUCGGGGACGACAUAAUCUCCAAGCGGUUCACGCAACUCAUCAACACCUACUGGAUUGACAGCAUCGCACCCUCCGCGGUGUCGGGGAACUUCACCGUGCCGCAAGGCGACUCGCUGCUGACCUACAACACGGACAGUAACCUUGGCACAAUCACAACCAGUCAGAUUGUCGUCAAGUGCGAUUACAGGUGGCUGGCGAUUAUGCUUGUGUGUUCACUUGCGCUGUUUGUCAUCGGACUGGUCACAGUCGUGCUGACGGCGUGUCGCCGCGGGCCUGACCUGCUAGACAAAUUCAGCUCGCUUCUAAGGGACAACCCAUACGCCAAUAUUCCUCAUAAUUCAUCGAUGGAGAACGCUGCGGAUCAAUCGAGGCGGUUGGGAGAUCUGAUAGUUCGGCUCGGCGAUGUUCGCCCCGAGGAGGAUCUUGGAUAUGUUGCGAUAGGAGUCCUUGAUGGCAAUCAUACAGUGCAGAAGCUAAGUAGGAGGAGGAUGUAUGCUUAAUCAGGAGGCGUACUCUGUAAUUUAAACAGUACCUAGUUUCGAAGCUUAUCCCGUCGAGGUCUUUUGGCCAGACUCGGUUCGAAGAUCUAGUCCGAAGGGCUGGGCUAUUUGGUAUAAACGCCCCGUCUUGGUUCACCUGGUC